AUGAGCAACCGCGCCGCAUUCCUCGAAUCUGCAAAAGGCUCGUUCGUCGUGCGCGAUGCCGAAAUCGAGGAGCUUGAAGAAGGAGAAGUCUUAGUCAGGGUUCAGGCAUGCGCUAUGCAGCCUGCAGAUGAAAAGAUAGCAAAGUUCGCGAUGAUGCCAUUCGAGUAUCCUGCGGUCCUCGGUAGUCCUGUGGCAGGCGUUGUUGAGAAGGUCGGUGCUGGAGUAACCAAGGUCUCUGGCGGCGAGCGUGUUGUUUGCGGAACAAAGGUCUUCUCCCACAAGAAAGCAAAAUACGGCGGGCUUCAGCGCUUUUCGAUUGUCGAUGCGUCUGAGGUUGUUGAGAUUGGCGAUGUUAAGUUCACGAAAGCGGUGACGCUUGCGUCGUAUACUCCACCAGGAGCACUAUUCGGGAAGUCCACUUUGGGCAUGCACUGGCCCACAGUCCCAGCAAGCCCACUCCCAGCCAGCGAGCAGGGCAAGAAGAUAGUCAUCUGGGGCGGUUCUUCAGCUAUGGGCUCGCUGUCCAUUUCGUACGCGAAGCAAGCCGGCUACACAGUGAUCAGUACCAGCUCCCCUCACAACUUCGGUCUUCUCAAAGAAUGCGGCGCCGAUUACAUCUUCGACCAUAGCGAUCCAGCCACCAUCUCUCAGAUUCGCGACCUGUUCCCAGUCGACUACUGGUUUGACACUAUCUCGCUCAAACCCACUGUCUCUACAAUCGUCCAGAUCCUCGCGCCUGAGGGUAAGCCUGUGACGAAGGCAAAUAUACUCGUCCUCUUGCCGCCUGUGAUGUUUGGAAAUCCGGAGCUUCCAGAGGGUAUCACGGUGCAGUUUCACCGCUUCUCAACGCACGCCCCAGAGAAUGAGGGGUGGCAGGAACACUUCUUGGCAAGCGGAGGGUUCAUUGAGAAGGCUAUCAAGGCUGGAGUGCUGAAAGGUGUACCUGCGAAUGUCUUGGGCGGGCUCGAGAAGGUUGCUGAGGGUAUAGAGAAACUACAUGUCGGUGUUAGUGCGCAGAAGAUUGUUAUAGAGCCAUGGGCUUAA